CGGCGCGGCGGGGGCUGAGGCGGGGGGCGAGCGCCGAGUGCUGCUCCCUGCCGGGUGCUGCUCCCUGCCGGGUGCCGCUCGCUGCCGCUCGGAGCCCGCUCCAGCGCCCGCCCGCUGCGCGGCGAACAUGAGCGAUCAUGGCCGCCUUCGGGCUCCUCAGCUACGAGCAGAGACCGCUCAAGCGGCCGCGCCUGGGGCCGCCCGACGUGUACCCGCAGGACCCGCGGCAGAAGGAGGACGAACUUACUGCAGUGAAUGUAAAGCAAGGCUUCAGUAAUCAGCCUGCCUUCUCAGGAGAUGAGCACGGCACUGCUAGAAACAUUGUCAUCAAUGCCUCUAAGAUCGGCGCUUACUUCAGCAGCAUAUUAGCAGAAAAGCUAAAACUUAAUACGUUCCAGGACACGGGAAAGAAGAAACCACAAGUGAAUGCCAAAGACAACUACUGGCUGGUCACCGCUCGCUCUCAGAGUGCGAUUCACAACUGGUUCACAGAUUUAGCAGGCAGUAAACCACUGACUGUUUUAGCAAAAAAGGUUCCAAUUCUCAGUAAAAAAGAGGAUGUUUUUGCUUACUUAGCAAAAUAUUCUGUACCACUGCUGCGAGCAGCAUGGCUGAUCAAAAUGACGUGUGCCUACUAUGCUGCCAUUUCUGAAGCUAAAAUUAAGAAGCGCCAGGCCACUGAUCCAAAUAUUGAAUGGACUCAGAUUAUAACCAGGUACCUUCGAGAGCAGCUGGCAAAGGUUGCAGAGUUUUAUCAUGUGACUUCCAGCCAAGGCAGCAGCUCUGUAGGGAUGCCUCAAGAGAUGGAACAGGCCUUGAAGCAGUGGGAAUAUAAUGAAAAAUUGUCCUUUUAUAUGUUUCAGGAAGGAAUGCUUGAGAGACACGAGUACUUGACGUGGAUACUGGAUGUUCUGGAAAAAAUCAGACCUACUGAUGACGACAUUCUGAAGCUGGUGCUGCCACUAAUGUUGCAGUACUCAGAAGAGUUUGUUCAGUCAGCUUACCUGUCCCGCCGCCUUGCUUAUUUCUGUGCCAGACGCCUGUCGUUGCUGCUGAGCGAUGGCCCCAGCCUUGCAGCUGCACAUUCUCCUCAUGUGAUUAUUGCACCAAGUAACCCUCCUUUGGCAGCGCCGAGCCCGACUGCGCCUGGUCCUGUGCUGAGCCCCGUGCAGCUCAGCUGCUCAGAUUUCCUCUCCUGCCCACAGCACCGUCCGCUGGUGUAUGGGCUGAGCUGUAUGCUGCAGACCAUAACUCUUUGUUGCCCAAGUGCCUUGGUGUGGAAUUAUUCCACAAAUGAAAAUAAGAACAUUAAUCCUGGCUCACCCCUGGAUUUACUUCAAGUUGCUCCAUCUAGUUUACCUAUGCCAGGUGGAAAUUCAACAUUUAAUCAGCAGGUUCGGGCAAAGAUCUCUGAAGUAGAACAGCAGAUAAAACAGAGAGGUCGCGCUGUGGAGGUGCGGUGGUCUUUCGACAAGUGCCAAGAAUCAACUGCAGGGGUGACCAUCAGCCGAGUUCUGCACACCUUGGAAGUGCUGGAUCGACACUGUUUUGACAGAUCGGAUUCCAGCAAUUCAAUGGAGACACUUUAUCAUAAGAUUUUCUGGGCAAACCAGAAUAGAGAUAACCAAGAGGCAGCCCCCAGUGAUGAGGCCGUGGUGAUGCUGCUGUGUGAGUGGGCUGUGAGCUGCAAGAGGUCUGGGAAGCACCGGGCCAUGGUGGUGGCCAAACUCCUGGAGAAGAGACAAGCAGAAAUUGAGGCAGAAAGAUGUGGUGAAUCUGAAGUCCUAGAUGAGAAGGAAUCUCUGUCUUCAGCCUCCUUGACAAGUUCCAGUCUUCCUGUUUUCCAGAAUGUCCUGUUGAGGUUUUUGGACACACAGGCUCCCUCACUGUCUGACCCAAGCAGUGACCGUGAGAAGACAGAGUUUGUGAAUUUGGUGCUGCUGUUUUCUGAAUUCACUCGACACGAUGUUUUCUCCCAUGACGCGUACAUGUGCACUUUAAUAUCACGUGGAGACUUGUCGAUCACUGCAACUUCGAGACCACGUUCACCUAAUGGGGAAACUGUGGAUGAGCACUAUUCUAAGGAUCAUGAUGUGAAAAUGGAGGAUCAUAGUAUUAUGGAACACAUGGGCACUGACUCAGGACCCACUUGUAUCUUUGAUGAUGUAGACAAGGGUGACUUUAAGGCAGACUUUGGUUCUGAAUUUCCAAUUUUUUCUCCGAUGCCUGGGGAGUCCUGUGAGAACAUGAACUCUUCUUUAGACAGAAGAAUUUCAGUUGCCAGUGAGAAGUCAGUCAAGAGAGAAGGACUCAGAGAAGUGAUUUUUCCAUCCAACUAUGACCUCCUUCGUCACCUGCAGUACGCAACGCAUUUCCCAAUACCUCUGGAUGAAUCUUCAAGUCAUGAGUGUAACCAGCGCAUGAUUCUUCUCUACGGCGUUGGCAAGGAGCGUGAUGAAGCAAGACAUCAGCUGAAGAAGAUUACCAAAGACAUCCUGAAGAUUCUGAAUAAGAAGAGUACUACUGAAAUGGGUGUUGGGGAUGAAGGGCAAAAAGCCAGGAAGAACAAACAAGAAGCGUUUCCAACUCUAGAGACUGUGCUCACAAAGCUCCAGCAGCUGUCGUAUUUUGACCAACACCAGGUGACAUCUCAGAUCUCCACCAAUGUUCUCGAACAGAUAACCAGCUUUGCCUCAGGAACAUCCUAUCACCUCCCCUUGGCUCACCACAUACAGCUGAUCUUUGAUCUCAUGGAACCAGCACUGAAUAUCAAUGGACUGAUAGACUUUGCUAUACAGCUGCUGAACGAGCUGAGCGUGGUGGAGGCAGAGCUGCUGCUGAAGUCGUCCAGCCUGGCGGGGAGCUACACCACGGGGCUGUGUGUGUGCAUCGUUGCCGUCCUGCGGCGUUACCAUGCCUGCCUCAUUCUCAAUGCGGAGCAAACUGCACAAGUCUUUGAAGGGUUGUGUGGAGUGGUGAAGCACGUUGUUAACCCCUCAGAGUGUUCCUCCCCAGAAAGAUGUAUUUUGGCCUACCUCUAUGACCUGUAUGUGUCCUGCAGCCACCUGCGAAGCAAGUUUGGAGACCUCUUCAGUAGUGCCUGCUCUAAGGUGAAGCAAACGAUAUACAGCAAUGUUCAGCCUUCAAAUUCCAAUCUGCUGUGGGACCCGGAGUUCAUGCUAGAUUUUAUUGAGAACCCUUCUGCUCACAGCAUUAACUACUCAAUGCUGGGCAAGAUCCUGAGUGACAAUGCAGCCAACCGCUACAGCUUCGUCUGCAAUGCUCUAAUGAAUGUGUGUAUGGGGCACCAAGAUGCAGGGAGGAUUAAUGACAUAGCAAACCUCUGUGCAGAGCUGACAGCGUGCUGCACUGUGCUGAGCUCGGAGUGGCUGGGGGUUGUCAAAGCUCUUUGCUGCUCUUCCAAUCAUGUUUGGGGUUUCAAUGAUCUGCUCUGCAGUGUGGAUGUGAGUGAUCUGUCAUUCCACGACUCCCUGGCCACUUUUAUUGCCAUACUGAUUGCUCGGCAGUGCUUUUCUCUGGAAGAUGUUGUUCAGCACGUAGCACUGCCUUCUCUUCUUGCAGCUGCCUGUGGGGACCCAGAUGCUGAGCCUGGGGCCAGGAUGACUUGUCGGCUUCUCCUGCACCUCUUCAGGACACCCCAGGUCUGCCUCUUUCCCCAGGGAGCAGGAAAAUUAUUUCCUGGAAUUCGUUCUUCUUGUGAUCGUCACCUCUUGGCUGCUGCUCACAACAGUAUAGAAGUGGGAGCUGUGUUUGCAGUCUUAAAAGCAAUUCUGAUGCUUGGUGAUGCUGAGAUUGGCAGCAGCAGUGUCACCCCUGUGAAGAAUGAGGAGCUGCCCGUGAGAGGUUUGCUGGAUGAGGUCCCUGAGGAUGAAAUGUGGGCUUCCUCUCAUGCUCUGAAAUCACGUGGAAAAUCUGUUUCCAUAGAAACUGCCAGUUUAAGUGAAUAUGCCAGAUAUGUGCUAAGAACCAUUUGCCAGCAGGAAUGGGUUGGAGAGCACUGUUUAAAAGAACCUGAGAGGCUGUGCACAGAUAAAGAUCUAAUUUUGGAUCCCGUUCUUUCAAACAAGCAAGCACAGAAACUUCUUCAGCUUAUCUGUUAUCCUCAUGGUGUGAAAGAAUGCUCCGAGGGGGACAACCCUCAGAGGCAGCACAUCAAGCGCAUACUUCAGAACUUAGACCAGUGGACUCUCCGACAGUCUUGGUUGGAGCUGCAACUAAUGAUCAAGCAGUGCAUGAAGGAGCCUGGUUCUGGGUCUGUGGCUGAAAUGAACAGCUUGUUGGAUAAUAUUGCAAAGGCGACAAUAGAGGUGUUUCAGCAAUCCGCUGAUCUAAACAAUAACUCUUCUAACUCUGGUAUAGGCCUCUUCAAUCCAAACUCUGUUGGAAAUGCUGACACAAGUAAUACAAGACAGAAUGGUAAAAAGACAUUCCUAAGUUCCUCUGAGUGGCGAGGAGUGUGGCUGGUGGCUCCCUUGAUUGCAAAACUACCUACCUCUGUUCAAGGUAGGGUCUUGAAAGCUGCGGGAGAGGAGCUGGAGAAAGGUCAGCAUUUGGGAUCAUCUUCUAAGAAGGAAAGAGAUAGACAGAAGCAAAAGAGCAUGUCUCUCUUGAGUCAGCAACCUUUCCUUUCUUUGGUACUUACUUGCCUUAAGGGACAGGAUGAGCAGCGGGAAGGGCUUCUAACAUCACUGCAGAAUCAAGUCAAUCAGAUCCUUAGUAACUGGAGGGAAGAGCGGUACCAGGGCGAUGUUAAGGCUAGACAGAUGAUGCAUGAAGCCUUACAGCUUCGUCUGAAUUUGGUAGGUGGCAUGUUUGAUACUGUGCAGAGAAGUACCCAGUGGACCACAGACUGGGCACUUCUGCUCCUCCAGAUAAUCACUUCAGGAACAGUUGAUAUGCAGACCAACAACGAAUUGUUCACAACUGUGCUGGACAUGCUGGGCGUCCUCAUCAAUGGGACGCUCGCCUCCGACUUGUCCAAUGCUUCCCAAGGAGGACCUGAGGAAAACAAAAGGGCUUACAUGAAUUUAGUGAAGAAGUUAAAAAAGGAGCUGGGAGACAAGCGGUCAGACAGCAUUGACAAGGUUCGCCAGCUGCUCCCUUUGCCAAAGCAGACCUGUGAUAUUAUCACCUGUGAGCCAAUGGGAUCCUUGAUCGACACCAAGGGCAACAAAAUUGCAGGGUUUGACUCCAUUGAUAAAAAACAGGGUCUUCAGGUUUCAACAAAACAGAAGGUGUCCCCUUGGGACUUAUUUGAAGGUCACAAAAAUCCUGCUCCUCUCUCCUGGGCAUGGUUUGGUACAGUUCGUGUUGACAGGAAGGUGAUCAAAUAUGAAGAGCAGCAGCAUCUGCUCCUGUAUCACGCACACCCCAAACCCAAGCCACGGAGCUACUACCUCGAGCCCUUGCCUCUGCCUCCAGAGGAGGAGGAGGAAGAGCCCACCACCCCUGUCUCUCAGGAACCAGAAAGGAAGCCGGGGGAGCUCUCCGAUCAGGGAAAACACACCACAGAUGAUGAGAAGAAGACAAAGGGCAGGAAGAGGAAGUCAAAGUCAAGCUCUAAGGCUGAUGAAUAUCCACAGAACAACUUAUACAGAGUGCCUCCCAAUUACUCGCCCAUUCCUUCACAAAUGAUGCAGCAUCCUCAGUCUGCCUUGUGGGGCUACACCAUCAUGGGGCAUCCGCAGCAGCCUGGCUUCUUCAUGCAGAACCAGCCCCUCCCUCCAGGUGGUUCCAGGCUGGAUCCAACGAGCUCCUUCAUGCCAGCCAACACGAAGCAGGCCCUGUCCAACAUGCUGCAGCGGCGCUCCGGCACCGUGCUGCAGCCCCCCGCCCUCCACGCAGUCACACCUCAGCAGCAGUUGCUCCAGAUGAAACUCCUGCAGCAAGAGCAGCAGCAGCAGCAGCGGCUCCUCAGGCACCAAGCACAGGCACGGUCUCUCCAGCAGGCUCAGCCGAUGGACCCUGCUGCUCUUUUCACCCCACAAGUCCGACCCACGCCGCAGCUACCGCAGUACCCAGGGCUUCAGCAGGCACAGAGCAUGCCCCACGGGUACACGAUGUACAGCACCCCAAUGCCUUUGCAGCAGCAGCCUGGCAGCGUGGUGCUCUCUCCUGGCUACGACCCGCGGACAUACACAGCCCACUCCAGCCCCAUGCUGAUGGAGCGGCUGCGGCCAGGGCAGCCGGGCAGCGUGGCUCAGCAGCAGGCAGCUGCCUACAUGCAGCCCCUGGCGGGCGCUCAGCGGUUGACCCAUCAGCCUCUGCAGCCAAACUCAUUGAUGGGGGCGGGCCUGGACAGUGCAGCAACCACGCGCACCCAUCCAAGCUUGAGCUCCGCACAGCUGCCCCAGGAGGAAAUGCGACAGAGGCAGCAGCAGAUCCGACAGCAGAGACUCUUCCAGAUGCAGCAGGGGCAGCAGCAGCAGCAGACUCUUGAUCUCCAGCCCGUGCAGCCGCAGCAGCCCCUGGUAAGUGGGAUGGAUGGUGAGCGUGGGGCAGGGGCAUGGGCAGAGUGUGUGAAACUUACACUGAAUUUGUGAUGCUGUUGUCCAUGUUUGCUGGAUGUGGCCAUUUUUUCCAGACAUGUUUAAGUUGGUUGAGGAUAAUUGGAAAAAUGGAGAAAAUACAAGUGAUGCUGAAUGUGCCAGCUGCCAAGUCCAAAAGCAUUAAUGCCAUUUGACAGAGAAACCAAAAGGCGGCAUGCAAGUGUGGGAGGAGUGAUAAACGAGGGGUCUUUAUCUGAUCACUACUGGGAGAUCAUUUACAUCCAUUUCUAAGCUUUUCUCAGUAUUCCUGUCUUGAAUGGGCUGCCCCUGAUGGGUCGCCACCUGGGCACAGCUCUGCCAGGCACCCAGUCCUCCAGCAGCCGAGCACUCCAUGUGGGUUUCACAUCCCCAGGAAGCCCUGGUGUGUGCUUAAUAUGUUUCACUAAGCUCAGCAGUUACUGGAGGCUGCCAGUCAGAGGAUUACACAACGUAUUGUAAGUAAAGGAUUGGUUUUCAGGAAGAGAGAAAAAAAAGCUGAAGUCUUACUAAAGCCCUGAAACUCCCUUUGGUAAGCAGAGGCUUCACUGAAACAAGCCCGGGCAGACCCUGCAGUGUGUGCUGCCACCGAGUGUCACUGUGCUGCACUUCAGGCAGCACGAGGUGUUACGCACUGUUUAUGGGUGCUGUAUUUAAAAGAAACAAAGACAUGGAAGUGGAAGCACGUGUCCUUUCACCAGAUCUAAUGAGAAGAAAAGCAAUGGGAUUUUGAAAGCGGACCAAGAGAGCUCAGAGGCCCUGCAAUAAAUAGUUCAGUAAGUGGUGACAGUUUGGACUUCAGCAGCCGGCACAGCAGUCCCUCAUGCAUCACAGUCCCUCAGGAGCAGGGAGGUGUCAGAGCUGUGCUGUCAGCCCCAAGCAGCUGGCACACAGGUCUCACUUCAUGCAGGGGACAUCUGUGCUUCCAGAGGGAGGAGACACCUCUGCUGUGCACCAUUUCUGGCUCCAGAGGGACCCAUUCUAAUGGCACCUUUGCUAUGAACAGUCUAUGCCAAAUCUACCUAUUGUGAUUUAGCAGCUUGACUGGACAAAUGUGGUUGGAUUUGAUGAUCUUAGGGGUCUUCCAACCUUAAUGAUUCUGUGGAUCUGACCUACAGGUACCUGACCUGUUGAAGUUAUUUACAGAGAGCUCUUUUCUUCUGGCUGACAGGUAGAAGCACUGAAAACAGAGCAGUGCUUGUUCUCCUGCCUUGUGUCAUGGGGAAAUAGGAUGCAUGGGUUGUCUGGCUAGGGAAUAACACAUACUGUCAAAUGUACCAAUUAGAGACUGAAUUCUGCUUUGAUGCAGUGUAGAUAGCGUGCAGAUUUGUGGAAGUCCAUGAAUUUACACCAAGGGUGCUUUUGAAAUGAUGAAGGCAUGAUUUAGUUCAUUGGCUGCAGAUUUCCUUGGAAGUUCUCAGUGUCUGAUUCUAUCACACGUAAUGGAGUGCUCUGGGAGGGGUUGCCUUGCUCCUGUGGGCUGAGCUCAGAUCAGAGUGAGGUUUGCUGAUGGCACGUGCUAAACACUCUCCUGUUCCACUGCAGCGCAGCCACGACCCUGCAGCACAGUAACAGCUCUUCCUUGUGCUUAUCCUUUGUGUCAUUUGAAGUGCCAUUGCCCCAAGAGGAAACAUCAUUCUAGAAGUUUCUUCUGUCUGCCAUGCUUCAGUUAUGUGUGGGUGUUUACAAAUGGCAGUAGGACAUUAGUUCUGACGAGCAGUUCUGGUUAUCUGUGGCUUUGAGCAAGACAGAAAGCAAAGCUGCUGGAAGUGGUGUGCAGGAUAACACCAGGCUCUGCAGGGGGUAAAGGAUGGGCUAUUGUGAAAGGCAGAGACCAACUGCACACACUGUGACACCUGUAGCAGCAUUGGAGACGUGUGAAAUGUCUGGGCAUGAAGAAAACAUGUCCUGGGAGUUCUGAGCAUGUUACACGUGUCCUUGCUCUGCUGUUAACACGUGCUCAGGACCCACUGCUGGGCAGCUCUGCCUCUCACCAUCCUUCCCUGCUCUGCCAGUCACACUUCUUGCUGGGCUCAGGGCCUGGAGCCGUCCCUGGGAGAUCUGUGCUGCAGCAGCCAACGGUGGGCUCAGCUGGGAUGG